UCAUUUCAUCAAUUAUAUUAAAUUGGAAAUAUUGCAGAGAGUCUGUUUACUUAAAGAGAAUGUACAUUGUUGAGCUCUUUUUCUAACUGCUGACAAACAGAAAGAACCAGCAGUGUAACUGCUAAGACAGUCAGAUGAUUUGCCCUUCACUUGGAUUUCCUUCCUCCACAACCAGGGAUUUCCAGACCUGAGUGAUGGCCAUUGAGAACUGCACCGUGUUGACAGACUUCAUACUCUUAGGACUCUCUGGCAGGCAGGAUGUGCAGCAGGGGCUCUUUGUGCUCUUCCUGCUGGUUUAUGGCCUAACUGUGAUUGCCAACCUGGGGAUGAUCGUGCUAAUCAGCAUGGACCUCCGGCUCCACACGCCCAUGUAUUAUUUCCUGAGCAACUUGUCUUUCUGCGAUGUCUGCUACUCCUCUUCUGUCUCCCCCAAGAUGCUGGCUGACUUCUUAUCUCAGCAAAAGAAGAUUGAAUAUCACUUAUGUGUGGUGCAGAUGUUCUUUUUUGGUGUUUUUGCAGCUGUGGACUGUGUCUUGUUGUCUGUCAUGGCAUAUGACCGUUAUGUAGCCAUUUGUAAUCCACUUCUGUAUACAUUUACCAUGUCCAGGGGAGUGUGCAUCCAGCUCAUGGCCACUGCCUACACUGUAGGUUUUAUGAAUACCACCAUCUUUACCUAUUGCACAACUCGAUUGUCAUUCUGCAAGUCCAAUAUCAUCAAUCAUUUUUUCUGUGAUAUGCCACCCUUACUAGCCCUCUCCACCUCAGACAAAACCACCACUGAAAUAGCAUUGACCAUUUCCUGUAGUUGUAUUGUGGGGUCCAGUGUCAUCACUGUCUUCCUCUCCUACAGCUACAUCAUAAAUACCAUCCUUCGCAUGAAGUCAGCUGCAGGCAGACACAAAGCCUUCUCUACCUGUACCUCCCACUUAACUGCUGUGGCUAUAUUUUAUGGGACAGUCCUUUUCAUGUAUUUCCGACCUAGUUCCAGUUACUCCAUGGAUACUGACAAAGUGGCCUCUGUUUUCUACACAGUUGUCAUCCCCAUGUUAAACCCACUGAUCUACAGUUUGAGGAAUAAGGAUGUGAAAGGUGCCCUGAAAAAAGCAGUUGGCACUAAAUUAUGUACUUGGUGAAAGUGUGUUCAGUCACAAAGGUUUUAUUUGCAGAUGUUGACAACUAAAGUUUAUGGACAUUGGCACAGUUUUCUAUAGUCUCACAAAUACAAUUGUGGAUAUAUCUUUACCCAUCUUUGUGCCUAAACUGAAUGUGAAGAAUAGACAUUAUGAAUCUUUAUUGCUUUGAACCAAAGGAAAGAAGUAAUAGGUUUACUCUACUGUUUUGCAAAGAGAAUCUUUGUGUACUACUCUGCUCUAUUCAUGAGUGUAUAUAU